UAAAGCAGCUCUGCCCGGCUGGAGGUCUCUUGGAGGGCGCGGCCGGGUGAGUGUCGGUUAUUUGCGGACGUGGGAGGCCGGAUGGGGGCUCUGGCUGGGGCUUGCGGACCCUCUCUUUUUGGCGGUGACCGGGCGUGCGGUCCCGCUCCCCGUUAUGUGCGGAGGCAGAGGGAAAGGGCUCUGGCCCCCUCGGCGUAGGGCAGAACCGAAGACCAGCGGGCUCCUCCUCGGGGUGCUCACGGCUUCUCCUUUGACGUCAGAGUUUGGGGAGCUGUGUGCAUUCUUCUACGAACCGGAAUUUGCAGAUCGAACCUGGAACCUCAGUCCCUUGCUGGAGUGCGGGCGACACUUGGCACAGGUUCUCUGGCUCACCUUGCCGGGACCUCUAAUGGCCGCAUUGCGCCGAAUGCUCCACGUGCCCGCGCUGGUGGCGGGGGCGCGCCGCGCACUGGCGGGUUCCCUGGCCAGUAGCUGCCUGGCAGACCGCUGCCUCUGGGAUCGGUUCCACGCCCAGCCGCGUCUUGGUAGUGUCCCCACCUUCGACUGGUUCUUUGGAUAUGAGGAAGUCAAGGGGCUCCUACUGCCGCUGCUGCAGGAGGCACGGGAUGCCUGUCCUCUACGUGUGCUGGAUGUGGGCUGUGGGACCUCAAGCCUGUGCACAGGCCUGUACACCAAGUCCCCACACCCCGUGGAUGUGCUAGGGAUAGACUUCUCUCCUGUGGCUGUGGCCCACAUGAACAGCCUCCUGGAAGGUGGCCAAGGCCAAGCACUCCUAUUCCCUGGGCACCCUGCCUCCCGCCUCCACUUCAUGCUGGCUGAGGCCCAGAAUCUGGGGCCUGUGGCUUCCUCAGACUCCUUCCAGCUACUGCUGGACAAAGGCACUUGGGAUGCUGUUCUCAGGGGUGGUCUGCCUGAGGCUUAUCAGCUGCUAUCAGAAUGCCUGAGGGUCCUAAGCCCCGGGGGGACCCUGAUUCAGUUCUCAGAUGAGGACCCUGAUGUGCGGCUGCCUUGCCUGGAGCAAGGGUCCCAUGGUUGGGCUGUGACUGUGCAGGAGCUAGGCCCUUUCAGGGGCAUCACCUACUUUGCUUACUUGAUUCAAGGCUCUCAUUAAAGACAUUUUAGUCCCGA